UCCCAACCCAUUUCUCUACAAAAUAAAAUUAAUAUAUACAUAUUUUCAUAAUUUGUUAUACCUUUUUUUGGAAUACAAAUCUUGAUAUCAUUUUUUUUAUUAUUAUUAUAUAAAAGAUGGCACAAAGAACAGAAAAAGAAGAAACAGAAUUCAAAAGUGUCCCGGAAACAAUAACCUUAUGUAUCAACAACUGUGGUGUUGUAGGGAAUCCAUCAACAAAAAACAUGUGUCAAAAUUGUUUCAAUACUGUCACGUCAGCAUCUCCUUCAUCAUCAUCUGCAUCGGUUACGUUGUCGUUACAACAACGUAACCGAAGAUCUGGGGGAUUAAUAAGAUCCCCCACAAAGUCAAACGUUAAUAUUAAUGACGAUUUGGUGUUGGUUCCCGAUGAGACAGCUGGCAGAAGUACGGAUACUGUUGAUGAUGUGGUUAAAAAACCGACAAAAGUUGUCAACAGAUGUUCUGGGUGUAGAAAACGUGUCGGUUUGACAGGUUUUAGGUGUCGGUGUGGUGAUUUGUAUUGUGCCGAACAUCGGUAUUCAGAUCGACAUGAUUGUAGCUAUGAUUAUAAGACAGCGGGACGUGAAGCUAUUGCUAGAGAUAAUCCGGUUGUUAAAGCGGCUAAAAUUGUUAGGAUUUGAUUUGAAAAAAAAAAGGAAAAGAAAAAGUUAUUGUUCUAUGUUGAUGUUUGGAUUUGAUCUAGGUGAUCACCAGCUCGAUUUCUGAUUUUUUUUUUUUAAAUUUAAUAUUAUAUAAAGUAUAAUUUAUUGUGAAAAAUGAAAUGAAUUAAUGGAAAUUUUAAUGUUUGAA